CAUGAAGUUAUUUUAAUAAUAAAAGAAAUAAUAAUAAAACAUGUAUGGUGUCCAAAUUGAUCAGCGCAUAUGCCGUUUCAAAUUCUCCUUUCCUCCUUUUCUUCUUCACAGUAUGCAAAACAAAGGUGCUUGCAAAUCAUCUUCACCAACUCGUUCAUCAUCAACUCUCACAGAGAAACGCUAUCAUUUGGGUUGACAAAAAAUUGAUUCUCUUGGGUCUUUUGAGAAUAUAUCCACUAUGUCAGAGGACGCGGUUUGAUGUGGAUAUUUUUGAGACAAAUAUUGUAUAGAGCCACAUGUCUUGAGAAAGACUUUUGGUAAUGGAGCUAAAACCCACUUAUGAUGUUGAAAGCAAUAGGUCUGCCCAUAGAAUUCAGCAUGAUCUGUGGCCCCUUGAUGAAAUUGACCCGACGAAAGCAAAGUUCCCUUGUUGUCUUGUUUGGACUCCCCUUCCAGUGGUUUCAUGGUUGGCACCUUUCAUUGGCCAUGUUGGCAUAUGCCGGGAGGAUGGAACUGUAUUAGAUUUUUCUGGAUCCAACAUUGUUAAUGUUGACGAUUUCGCAUUUGGUGCAGUAGCUAGAUACCUUCAACUAAAUAGAGAGCAGUGCUGUUUUCCUCCAAACCUUUCUGGGCACACAUGCAAGCAACGCUACAAACACGCGGAGUAUGGGACUGCAAUCACCUGGGAUGAUGCGCUUCAGUCAAGUUCGCGUCUAUUUGAGCACAAAUCCUACAACCUCUUCACGUGCAACUGCUACUCGUUCAUCGCCAAUUGUCUGAACCGACUCAGUUACGGUGGAUCAAUGGGUUGGAACAUGAUUAAUGUAGGAGCUCUUUUACUGUUCAAGGGACAGUGGGUUAACAGCCUGUCAAUUUUAAGAUCAUUUUUGCCUUUCACAGUGGUACUAUGCUUUGGAAUUUUCAUGGUGGGGUGGCCUUUUUUGAUUGGAUUACUAUUCUUCUCUCUCCUCCUUAUGGGGUGGUUUUUGUUGGGUACUUAUUGUGUCAAAAGUUUGUUAGAAUGCUAAUUCUACUUCCAUCAAUACAGAUGUCGGAGUUGUAUUUUUCUUGGUAGAGUUAUAUUCAUCAUACUCAAUAU